ACCACUGCUCUUACGAAAUCCAACUGGCCCUCCCUCCCCUCUCUGCCUACUUAUACAAUCGAAAGCCACGGGAGGCUGCACUGAGCUGGAGCACCGCCAAGCGUCGCUCUCCCAGCCGGGCCCCGCCAGAGCCCAAACUGCAUCAAGCAAAACCUGACCUUAGCCGCCUUGGAAGCAGCUCUCUUGCAGGGAGAUCAGUGUCCCUUCUCUGGACUUGGAUGCACCCUGAGCAUUCAUCUGUUAGUUUGUCUCAAGAAGGAAAUUUCAGUUAUGGAGAAAAUGGAUGCAUUUCCUCUUACAGUGAAAUCAUCAGAAAAGCAAGAGACCUUGUGUAUUUUUGGAACUGGAGAUUUUGGAAGAUCACUGGGAAUCAAAAUGCUCCAGUGUGGUUAUUCUAUUAUUUUUGGAAGUCGAAAACCCCAGAUGUCCAAUCUGCUACCCAAAGGUGCAGAGGUCUUGAACUAUUCAGAAGCAGCCCAGAAGUCUGAUGUUAUAAUCUUAGCAAUCCACAGGGAGCAUUAUGCUUUUCUCACAGAACUAACUGAGGUUCUCAGUGAGAAAAUAUUGGUCGAUGUCAGCAACAACCUCAAAAUCAAUCAGUAUCCAGAAUCCAACGCAGAGUAUCUUGCUCAGUUGGUUCCUGGAGCCCACGUGGUUAAAGGAUUGAAUACAGUCUCAGCCUGGGCUCUCCAGUCAGGAGCCCUGGAUGCAAGUCGGCAGGUGUUUAUCUGUGGAAAUCACAGCAAAGCCAAGCAGAGAGUGAUGGAUAUUGUUCGCACACUUGGACUUAGUCCAUUGGAUCAAGGAUCACUCAUGGCAGCGAAUGAAAUUGAAAACUACCCAUUGCAACUAUUUCCAAUGUGGAAGCUCCCCUUCUGUUUGUCUACUGUUCUGUUUACCAUCUUCUUUUUCUACUGUGUCAUAAGAGAAGUAGUCUACACUUACGUUUAUAAAAAAGAAGAUGCCUCAUUUCGAAUGGCUAUCUCCAUUCCAAAUCGUGUCUUUCCACUAAUCGCUCUUACUCUACUUGCUUUAGUUUAUCUCCCUGGUGUGCUUGCAGCUAUCCUGCAGUUGUACCGAGGUACAAAAUACCAUCGAUUCCCAGACUGGCUUGACCACUGGAUGCUUUGCAGAAAACAAAUUGGCUUAGUAGCACUGGGAUUUGCCUUCCUUCAUGUCUUCUAUACACUUGUGAUUCCUAUUCGUUAUUCUGUACAGUGGAAGUGGAGAAACAUUACUGCUACUCAGGUAUCACUCAGAAAAGAUAAUCCACUUAAUACCACCUCUGCCUGGCUUAGUGAUUCAUAUUUGGCUUUGGGGAUCCUUGGAUUUUUCCUGUUUGUACUCUUGGGGAUCACUUCCUUGCCAUCAGUCAGCAACAUGGUCAAUUGGAGAGAGUUCCGAUUUGUCCAGUCCAAGUUGGGCUAUUUAGCACUGAUCUUGUGUACAGCCCAUACCCUGGUAUUCGGUGGGAAGAAAAUCUUCAACCCUAAGAGUCUUAGAUGGUAUCUUCCUCCGACCUACGUGAUUGCGCUUAUCAUUCCUUGCACGGUACUGGUGAUCAAGUUCAUCUUGAUGCUGCCAUGUAUAAACAAAACCCUCACAAGAAUCCGCCAAGGAUGGGAAAGAGACUAAAAAUUCUCAAAUCCAUCUUUGAGUGAGAAAAACAAGUGUUUAAGGUAAUUCUCAAUUUACCCAGAUUUGCACAUAUAGAGGGGAAAAUGAUGGAUAUAGCUAAAGCAUUCUUCCACAGUGGUGUGAAGUUUGUGAACAAAGAACAAAAUGUUGCCUUUACUUUGAGAAAUUAACUGAUUGGAAAUGACACCAAUUUGACUCAUGCUAACAAUGACUCAGUACAAGUUCCCGCCUGUUCUUUUCCAGAGGUUAACCAAGCUGAGGUCAAGAUUAGCUUUGUGGUUUCACACUAAGAAAUUUCUUUGCUGUGGACAACAUGUAUGUCCUAAUGUCUUACAAAAUCCAAAGGAAAUGCCUGCAACUUCCUUCAGAUACUGAAAGAGAAAACACUGAGAUGAUGGCCAGCUGAUAAUGGCUUUAUUCAGUAUGUGUGAGGAGGAUCUAGCUAAAUAAAGAGAAUGUGUUUUUUUUUAUUGUUUGAUUUCUUUGGAAGUGAAGGUGAUCUUAAGUACACCCAUAGUGAAUACUAUAGUUAAAUUUGCUCCUUUAUCUUGUUUUUUACCAAUAUAACUAUUUGUUGGGAAUUAUUUUAUACCAAAUAAAAAUAGCACAGUUGAUUUGAGGUAACCAUAUGUUGGAUUGUCUAGGUGAUUAGACAUCAAAUGUGAUAGACUGGGUGAUUGUCAUCUGAUCUUUCUUUCACCAGGAAUAAGCAGUAUAGGAAAGAUAGAGUAAAGGUGGAGGAAUAUCCACUUGUAUUUUCUCAAUAUACAAUAAUCCAGGAAGACCUGAUGGAAGCACCUGCACAAAAUGUUCCGUAUUUGUUACCCACAUUGGAGCCCAGUCCUCAACACAUUGGAGGAAACCUUGAUGCUAUAGUGUCUUUCUCUGUCUCGUACUGUCAAAAAAAGCCCCAGAGCAGUGAAUUCCCAGCACCAUCAAAAGCAAUAACAAUAAAAAAAGUUCCAGUAAGCCAGAAUUUCUGUAUAGCAAGCUAAAGAAAUUUUGUAGAGUUGUUUCUGGUACUAUUUAGAUACUGUGGUGUGAUGCUUAAAUUGUAUAUUGCAGACAUAAUCAUCUGUGUGAUAAGUUACUAGUUUAACAAGGUAUCUUCCAUAAAUCAUGAUUUACUUUAAUUUUAAACAGUUAAAUAAAUAAAGUUAAAUGGAUAAUUAAACUAUAAGUUUAAUGCAUACAUGAGAACCAGUUAUGGAAAGUCUUAGGGCAGAGACUGGGAGCGUUAAUUUUUAUAGAAAGUUGGUUCUUCUCAGCGCCUUGCUGGAAUACAGGAAUGCAAGAUAUCUUGGUUCUCACUUGUAUUUUAUGCUGACAGUGCCAUUUUAAAGACAACCUUUAAGAGGGGCCACGGACGCUGACGCGCCCAGUUAUGCGUGGUGAAGCAGGUCAGCAAGAACAGAUAGAACUAGGUGCUGGGGUGAAUUAUAUUCCUUCAACAAUUCCUGUUCUACAUAAAAUGAAAUUUAAGAAUAUUAGACUAGAUUUCUUCACUUGCUGAUAUGAUACUUUUAUUCCAAGAAAAAAACAUGCUAAGCUUUUAGAUUAGUUUAUUUUUGUAUAUUCCCCCCAUGUUAAGGGUUUACUGCUUUAAAAAAUAUAUUCAUUAAAUGAUUUUUUUUAAAUCCUU